AUGCUUUUUAUCGGUGGCUUACCAGUAUUUUAUAUGGAAUUAGUCCUUGGACAAUUUCAUCGUUCUGGUUGCAUAAGUAUUUGGAAAAAGAUUUGUCCAAUGUUUAAAGGUAUUGGUUAUGGUAUAUGUUUUAUAUGUACAUUUAUUGCUUGCUUCUAUAACGCUGUUAUUGCACAUGCCCUAUAUUUUUUAAUCAACUCAUUACAGUCAGAAGUACCUUGGAAAAACUGUAAUAAUCCAUGGAAUACACCAUUAUGUGCAAUUAAUCUAAAUGGUUUAAAUGGUACCAUUGUAACCAAUCAAAGCAAUAAUUUGAGUGGAAAAUUAAGAACGCCGUCUGAGGAAUUCUUUCUAUUUAAUGUAUUGGAAGAAAAUCAUUCCCGCGGUUUCGAUGAUCUCGGCAGUAUUAAGCCAUCAUUAGCCUUGUGUCUUAUCAUUGUUUUUAUUCUUGUCUAUUUUGCGCUCUGGAAAGGACCACGAAGUAGCGGGAAAUACGUAUGGAUAACAGCUACAGCACCAUAUGUAAUCUUAUCAGUACUUUUCGUACGUGGAAUUACAUUACCUGGUGCAUCAAUUGGAAUUUAUUAUUAUUUGAUGCCAAAUUUUGAAAUGCUUUUUGAUAUUGAUGUUUGGACAGCUGCAGCUACACAAAUUUUCUUUUCACUUGGUCCUGGAUUUGGUGUAUUACUUGCAUUAAGUAGUUAUAAUGAUUUUCGAAAUAAUUGUUAUCGAGAUGCAUUGGUGACAUCAUUUAUCAAUUGUGGUACUUCAUUUUUUGCUGGUUUUGUAAUAUUUGCAACUCUUGGCUAUAUGUCAACUAUAACAAAUUUACCAGUUAAUGAGGUAGUAGGUGACAAUGAUGCUAAUAUUAUAUUUAUCGUCUAUCCACAAGCAAUUGCUACAAUGUCAUAUGCAAAUUGUUGGUCUUUCAUAUUCUUUGUCAUGCUAAUUACUCUUGGUAUUGAUAGUACGUUCAGUGGAAUUGAAGCAUUGAUAACGGGAUUUUGUGAUGAAUAUCCGGAUGUGUUAGCACGAAAACGUGAAAUAUUUGUAGGUAUCGUAAUUGUUGCCUAUUAUUUUGGUAGUCUACCAACCGUUACUUAUGGUGGUAAAUAUGUCAUAUCAUUCCUUGAUGAAUAUGGUGUAUCAUUAUCAGUAUUAUUUAUUGUAAUGUGUGAAAUGGUUGCUGUUUGUUGGUUUUAUGGAAUACGACAAUUUAGCAAAGAUAUUCAAACAAUGCUUGGAUUUUAUCCAGGAUUAUAUUGGCGAUUUUGUUGGACAUGUUGUCCUAUCAUUAUUACUACAAUAUUCUUGUUGACCAUUUAUAAAACAUCAUUGGAACCGAUGACCAUUGGAUCAUAUACAUAUCCACAAUGGACUGUUUAUCUUGGAUGGUUUCUACGUUUAACAUCAAUUCUUAGCAUUCCAAUUUUUGCCAUUUAUUAUCUAUGUACUACUAAAGGAACAUUGAAAGAACGUUGGCAAUCUUCGAUCAAACCACAACAAACUGAUCAUUUACGGAGAUCAUCAUUGGUGCAUUCGGUAGUAUUACCUGAUGUAUCAAUGAUUCGAAUUGAUAACAAUGCAUCUGAUAUCAGUGAAACUACAAUGGCUAUCAAUAAUACUAUCCAUUUAUAA